AUGUUGACUGGUAAACGGUCUCGUGAGCCGAAAUGUGUGCGGGGGAACGCGGGGCCGUACAAGCGUCCGAGGGUUGCCAAGCAGAAGUGUGUCCCUGUCCAAGGAGUGGCUAGUGCGGCCCAGGGUGCAUCCCAAGUCACGCCGAAUGUGGCGGUCGCGUCAAGCGUCGGCGCAGGUGAUGAGGCGGUCGGUAGCGAUGGCGAAGGUGAGGCUGCGCCGGUCUGUUCCAAAGCGGUUGCUUCUGUUAUAGCAGACGCGCCUGGUACGGCGAACGACAAGGCGGAUACGGCACCGCCUCCCCCAGUGCCGGACAACCCUUUUGUGGCGAUGCCUUGCGCAUCUGCGCAGCAGGCAAGUGGAUCUCAACGAGAGGAGACGUUUGCAAAUGACAACGUCGUCAUAAGCCGUGCCGAGCUCGAGGCGCUGAAGACGGCGAGGGACGACAGCGACCGUCGGAUUGCGCGCCUGGAGGCGCUGCUGCUGGCCGCACAGGAUCUGAGGGUGCAGAACAAGAGGCCGAGGGGUCCGGGGGAGGAGCGGGCGCGAGGUGAUGCGCGGUCGAGCAAGCGUAGGCAGGUCGAAUCAGGCUCGGAGGACGCAUCAUCGGCUGAAGAUGAUGAGGAGGAGGCGGAAGCGGAGCCCGUGAGGGCACGCCGUGAGCGAAGGAGGCGCCACAUGACGGUGUCAAGCUCCCCCAUACUUCAGGAGGCGUUUAAACAUGCCGGCGGGAAAGGCAUGGAAGAGGAUCUCACUCUGUCAACCUGGAGCGAGAGCAAGAGCGGCAUGAUCUUUGCGUCAGGAGCCUUUACUGCUUGUGCCAUGACCGCCUUCCAGCCCAAGAGGGUCACUGGGACUGUGACUGUGAAGCUGUACCAAAUGGCAUGGCUCGAGCAUGUGGUGACGGACACGAUCCUGAACUGGGACAAGUGCAAGGCCCGCCUGUCAAACUCUGCUGGCGGCAACGCGCAGGUGGUGAACGGGCUCCACGAGGUCGCCGGUGCGGCAGUGGCGCAAGCGAUCCAAGACUUCAAGCCCAAGUACGAUGCUGAUGCGGCGGCGUGGGUCUGGGGGGAGCAUGGGCUGAUGCUGUCCUCGUGCAGGCUGGAGCACUUGAUUCCCGGCCGGUAUGCGCAGAGGGCGCCAGCUGUGGAGGAAGGAGCAUCGGUUUCCCGUGGUAGUGCCUGA